AUGGUCGAGACAUCGUCUCGGUUCGGGCCGUUCGAGUUCUUGGUCGUAGCGGGUGUUCGACUGUUCGGUGAUGGAUACCUAAACCUGAGCAUCGGACUAGUCGUAGUCGUUCCCAUGCUCGGACACCUCUACUUCGAGGCUGAGCAGAACAAGAUUCCAACUCUGCCGGCAGAUACGAUCAAGGCGUCGCUCUCGAUUGGCAUGAUCAUCGGCCAGCUUGGCUUCGGCAUCCUGGGCGACGCUCUAGGCCGUCAUCGCAUCUACGGAAAAGAACUAAUCAUCACCAUCUUCGGCACAUCAUUGUGCGUUCUAAUGCCCUGGCAAGGCUUUGGCCACCAUGAUGUGGUUGCGUGGAUGUCUGUCUUCACGACCUCACUGGCAUUGGAAUCGGCGGAGGUACGUCCAGACUACCCCAUGACCUCAGCACUAUCCGCCGAACACAACCCGCUGCAUUCGCGAACAAAGCUCGUGCUCACCGUCUUUGCGUCGAUCGGCCUCGGCAGCUUCACUGCUGGGAUCACGUACCUCGUUCUGCUUGUCGCAUUUAAGUCCUCGGUCGACCAUAACAUCUACCAUCUCCAAUGGGUCUGGCGGUUGUUGUUCGCCCUCGGCCUGGUCCCGGUGAUCAUCACGCUCUACUUCCGAUUGACCAUGCCUGAGAGCAAGCCCUGCCGAAAAUAUGUCGCCGACGAGACGUAUCUGAAGAAAGACGGCAGACGUGGCCUUCACGAGCAGUGGCAAGACUUCAAGACGUAUUUCUCCAAGUGGAAGCACGUCAAGGUCCUCUUCGCCUUCACUGCAACACCGUGGAGAACGCUCUGGAAUACGGCCGUCGGAAACAUCAUCAUAGCAGCUGCGAGCUACCUCCCCGGCUACUACAUCGGCAUCUUCCUGCCCGACUGUACCGGCCGCGUGAGGCAACAUUUCUACUGCAGCGCCGUUGUGGCCGGCCUGUACGCCAUCUGGGCGGGCGUGCUGACCGCCAGCUCCACCAGCACAGGCGGGCUGAUCACUAUCUUCACGCUGGCGCAGCUAUUUCUGAACAUGGGUCCGAAUUGCACCACGUUCCUCCUGCCCGUCGAAGUCUUCCCCACGCGCGUCCGCGGCACGGCGCACGGCAAAGCCGGCGCCAUCGUUACGGUAUUCUCCUUUGCGCAGCUGACGGAUGCGAUCCGAUUGUCUGCAGUGCCGCGCAUUCUUGCGGGGAUUAUGGCCCUCUGCGCCGUCUGCACGCUACUUAUCCCGGAGAUCAAGGGCCGGACGCUGGACAACAUCGAGCACGGGAUACUGUACGGGGAAAAGCGCAGUCCUGACCUGGAUGUGGAGAGUUGCGAGGGUAAGCUUGGUCUGGCUUCCGGCGCUGGCGACGGCUUGAGGAGUGGCAGUGGUGGUGAUGGUGAUGCUGCACCGGUGAAAGGUAGCACGAGUGUGCAGCCGAAGUUGGAUGUGGACGCGGACAAGGGAGGGGGAGGGGUUGUAAAAGGUGGUCCUCUGUGCACAAAAGGGAAUUGA